GUCGAAGACAUCGACAUCAAAAGGCCGCCGCCGGGAACCGGCAACGCGUUUGCGUUUGUACGAUUUCAAACCUUGGACAUGGCGCAUCGCGCUAAAGUCGAGCUUUCUGGGCAGUACAUCGGAAAAUUCCAAUGUAAAAUCGGAUACGGAAAAGUCACGCCCACCACUCGCAUUUGGGUCGGCGGUUUGGGGCCGUGGACUUCGGUUCCGCAGUUGGAGCGCGAAUUUGACAGGUUCGGUGCGAUUAAAAAGAUCGAUUACACGAAGGGGGAUACUCAGGCUUAUAUUUUGUACGACAGCAUCGACGCCGCGACCGCGGCGGUAAAGGAAAUGCGAGGGUUCCCGCUGGGUGGCCCGGAACGGCGUUUACGCACGGAUUUUUCGGAUGUCAAUCCGCCGUUACCGUACCAUCGGCCGAAGCAAGUGUAUCCGCCGCAUGAUGAAGUGGUGGAGUACAGACGGGGUGUCGAAUAUGAGUACGACGUGUACGAGGGCGAAGCCGGCUAUCCCAGAGGAUAUAGAGGUAGGCCGGUUUACGCCGAGCGAAGGGGCGGCAGUCGAGGGCCCUAUAGGUACCCGGAAGACGAGUGGAAUAGACCGGUUGGUGAUCCCGAAUACGAGAGGCGGCGGUCUGGAUCGCGAGGUGCCGACAGAUCACGGUCACGUUCUCCCCGCCGGUCGCCCGACUCCGAUUCGGACAGCGGCUCGCGUAGAGCCGGUUUACUCGCUUCAAGUCGUACACUGCCCGAAGUGGCACGAAAAUGUUCGACGAUUUGGCAAGGGGCUUUAAUACUCAAGAAUUCGCUUUUCCCCGCCAAGUUCCAUUUAAUAGAUGGCGAUACGGAUAUCGUCGACGGCUUAAUGAAGGACGAAGAUGGCAAGCAUCAAUUGCGAAUUACGCAACGACUGAGAUUAGAUCAACCGAAAUUGGAGGACGUGCAAAAACGGAUUUCUAGUGCUUCGUCUCACGCGAUAUUUUUAGGUUUGGCCGGAUCGACGGCUUCGGUCACUAACGACGACAGUAGUGUUCAAACCAGACCACUCAGAAAUCUGGUCUCGUAUUUAAAACAGAAGGAAGCCGCAGGUGUAAUAUCACUGCUUAACAAAGAAACCGAAGCAACGGGAGUAUUAUAUUCUUUCCCUCCUUGUCCCUUCUCCACGGAACUAAUAAAACGUUCCUGUCCCAACUUACCCGACGAAGCUAUGAAGGAAGACCACUUGAUUAUAGUUGUGGUACGUGGUGGCACUGCCUAAACCUAUCUUUUCCUUUUAUUUUUCUUUAGCCACACGUAUGGUAUACACAGUAGGCGAUUUUUAGAUUAUUUUUGAUUUCCAAUUUUAUUUUUUUAUCUUUUUUUAAGUAGAGAGACAAGCUAUUAACUCGAUAGUAGGUCAUCUUAUCAUAGUCUUAACGUACCUAGUAAGUAAAAUCUAACAUUUUUUGAGUUAUUUCAGGAGAUUGGUGAGCAACGCUAAGUCACUUUAUUCAUGAAUUUGUGAUCAUGUUUAUAUUUGAAGAAUCUUGUGCAGUUCUUGACUCAAACUUGUACCUACUGGUUUAUUGUUAGUGAGCAGUGUAGUGCUGCAGUUCUUUCCCAUUUUUUUUUUGUUUUUCCUGUUCGGUGAUGUGAAAUUGGGUUCUCAACUUUUAUUGCCUGAAAUUGCGUGUGACGCUUUCUAAGAAUAUGUGAAAGAACUGUACUUACAUUUGUUUUAUAAACAAAAAGGUGUAAGAGUAGUGUUUUAUCGAAUGUGACCAGGAAAAUUUGAACAUUUCAGUGAAUUAUUCACAGUUCUCAUUUUGUUAAUGAACUAGCCUCUCUGCUCGUGUUUAUUUAUAGUGCUUGUGAAACUAUAUAAAUUCAUCAUUAUGUAUUUCUCAUUAAUAAAAACUGUGCUGGUGUUGUGCUUCCAAUUUUUUUUUCUGAUUGAAAGCAGUGAUGCUUGGUAAGUUUUGUGAAAACUUGUUUAAAAAACUCAUUUUUUUUCAGUAAAUUCCAGAUAUGGUUCUGGGAAUACAUCGUAAACAUGUCAAAGAUCUUCAAAAUUUAAUUGUACAACAUUGUAUUUUCCUGGGUAUGAUUUCUGUGAUAUUUUCUCUCAUUGAAUGUGCUUAAUUUAUGUAGGCAUAUUACCAAAUCAUUUGGUACUGUCACUAAGAACUGUUGAUCAAUUUACAUGUGACAGUAAAAUGUUACAAUUUGUGUUUGUGACAAAUUACAUUUAGUAAUUAAGCACUUUUGUUAUGAAUUGUGUAAUGAUUAUUAAAUCCUCCAGGUUUUUCUAUAAAUUUUGUAAAGAAAUUAAAAGUAAUUAUUCAUUAGCCAAGCCUGGGAGAAUUGACAAGUAGAAAAAUUCUCCAAACUCGUAAUUAGCGAAUUUGCAUUUAACAAACGGGAAAAUCUGGAAGUUGUCAUGGAAUUUUAUGAGAAAUGCACCAUUGCCGUUUAUCUGGGCAUACCUAAACGUCCAAAAAAACCCGAAUUACCGGUUCUAUUUAUGCAAUUGUUUUGCUUGUAAAACUGGCCUACUUGAACAGUGUAUGGGUUCAUUGCGUAAGUUGUUUUAGUUUCAGGGAAAUGACAUUUGUUUUGAUUCAGUUAUAAAUUAGCCCAGUACUUUUAGGAUAAAAAGUGUAUAGUAAGAGCUGAAAAUUUGAAGAUCAACUGUUUAAAAGUAACAAACCCUGAAAAGUCUCAACUUCUCAUUUAAGCUUCCAUCCAAAAUGGUGGAUCAAAGACCUAACCAUUAUUAGCCUUGUUUGAUGUUUUUAACUAUUGUUUACAUGAAAGUUAAUAUUUGCUUCUUAAAAUCGUCUUUUCUACAUAAAUUCAAUGCUUAUGUAUAAUUAAAUUACUUAGUCCAAUGAAACAGUUGCCGAACUUUUGUCAAAUUGCGGUACAUAUUCUUAAUUGGCUUUAGACUCUGAAUCUAUCAACACCUAAGAGAUGCUAUUCAUGAACUUAUAGUAGGUACCCAUAAUGGAAGCAAGUUU